AGCUGUUUAUCGAUUUGGUGCCACAUGAAUCCAAGUUGUUGCCGACUGACGUUGCUUCACGCUGGACGCAGCCGAUCCCGGAACCUUUGGAGAAGCUCUCACGGCCGGAGGGAAGGAGUUGUCGGAGCGACGAGAAAGCGGUGCUGGACAGUCUUUUCACUGAAGAAUGGAUGGUGGGACUGAAGAUGGCCACAUUAAGAAGCGGUUUGUAACCGAGGCUGAAUUAGAGGAAAGGCGCAAAGUGAGACAGGAAGAAUGGGAAAAGGUUCGAAAGCCUGAUGAUCCUGAAGAAUGCCCUGAAGAGGUUUAUGAUCCUCGAUCAUUGUAUGAAAGGCUUCAAGAACAGAAAGAGAAGAAACAGUCAGAAUUUGAGGAGCAGUUUAAAUUUAAAAAUAUGGUGAGAGGCCUCGAUGAGGAUGAAACAAACUACCUUGAUGAAGUAUCCCGGCAACGUUUGCUCCUGGAGAAACAACGGAGAGAUGAAGACAAUAAAGAGCUGAAAGAAUACAGAAGUGCCUGCACAAGACUAACAGAAAAUGUUGAAUCCAGAAAAGACACUGAAAGGAAAAUGACUGCUAAACCAGCAGAGAAUAAGCACAAGUUCUCUCAAGCACAGCUGUUAGCUGGAGCUGUAAAACGCAAAAGCUCAACAAGCUCUGAAACAGUCAAAAAGCAGAAGGUGGAUAUUGUCGAAGGAAGUGGGCAAGAUGAUGAAGUCUCUUGUGACCAAACACAGUUUUUCCCAGCUGGUGUGAGAAUCGAACAUCCUUCAGCCUCUGUGUGCGUUGGGAUACUACCAGGCCUUGGCGCUUACUCAGGGAGCAGUGACUCAGACGCAGAGUCCAGCUCUGACAGUGAUAUUAUCAUUAACACUGGAGGACGAAUCAUAUCUUCAGUCUUUCGAUCCCAUCCCUUUCCUGAAAGCCCGUGAAAUGCAGUGUUUGCGGGAACAAUGUUAUUUGUAUAGAAGUGGAUUGUAAUACAAAGUUCCCUAUGUAAAAUGGUAAUUUUUGUUUGGACCGCUAAAUCUUUGGCAAUCGUGUAAAAUACAAAAUUUUGUGUCCCUGUUUCAGAACUUGACUACAUAUUGCAGAGUACAUCACAGACUAAAGUGACUUGGGAUUUGUGUCCAAAGACUAGAUACAUUGUUGAAUGGAUCAACAUUUUAAAUGUGAAUAAUUGUUUUUACACUAGGGUGUAUUGUAAAAAAAAGACUUGCAAGUUAAGGCAGUGGAAAAACUAACAAUGUAUAUCCAUGAAUAGGCCAGCUUACUUUGGAGGUUUUGGGCCAUUUAAGAAUUAAAUAAAUUCUCUGUUACUUCUGAAU